AUGGAUUGUGGUUUGUUUUAUGGAAAACGGCGAAUUUAUGACCUAGAUGGAAGCGGUACAGACUCAGACCAGGAACCAGAUGCUAAUACGGAUGACACUGGAAGUGAAUAUGCGCCCGAUUAUUUUGAUUUGGAUGAAUUAGAAGACCUCGUAGUUAGUAAUGAUAAUACUAGUGAAGAUGAGUUAGAAACUUCAGUUGUUGAAGUUGAAGAAUCAAUUCCAAUAACUACAAGUUCAAAGCCAUCUACAUCAAGAAAUUUCCAAUCAAAAAGAAUUCCUCUUUGGCGGCACAUUUCUGGAGACGGUACAGCUAGACCUAUGCCUGAAUGGUUAGGACAAAUAGAUUCUUCUGGGGUAAUAAAACGUCCUGUUGAAUAUUUUAGACAUUUUUUCUCGAAGGAUAUCAUUACUCAUAUUGUCGACCAAUCAAAUCUUUAUGCAAUCCAGCAAAAUCCCAAUAAACCUCUUGCACUGAGUAGCCAGGAACUUGAGCAAUUUUUGGGUACACUGCUUGCUAUGUCUAUGGUGAAGCUCUCAAAUUCACGUUUAUAUUGGAAGAGCAAACUAAACUGUCCUAUUGUAUCGGAAGUGAUAAGUAGAGAUAGAUGGGAAGAAAUAAAGUCCAAGAUUCACUUCAAUGAUAAUUCACAAAUUCCCUUACCUAAUGAGAAAACAGAUAAAUUAUUCAAGAUCCGGCCUUUGAUAGACCAUUUACAAAAAAAGUUUCGGGAAAUACCAAUGCCCCAAAUGCUAUGCGUGGAUGAACAGAUAGUUCCAUUCAAAGGUAGAUCAAGCAUGAAACAAUAUAUACCCAGCAAACCACACAAGUGGGGAUACAAAUUGUUUGUUCUUUGCGAUGACAAAGGCAUCAUGUAUGAUUUUUUCAUAUAUUCAGAGAAAAUUGAACCGGUAUUAAGAGAACCCGACUUGGGAGCUAGUUCAAAUGUAGUACUGAAAUUGGCCCAAUCAAUUCCUGCUGGAUUGAACCAUUUAUUAUAUUUUGAUAACUGGUUUACGUCACUUCCUUUGAUGACAACUUUAGCAAAGAAAAAAAUAUUUAGCUUGGGAACUGUUAGAAUCAAUCGUUUGCCUGGCAUCAAACUAAUCAAGGACAAAGAUUUGAUGAAAAGAGGCAAAGGGUCCCAUCAAGAAGUGACUGCUCUAGUUGAAGAUACUGAAGUAUGUGUAGUGAAAUGGGCAGAUAAUAGAGUUGUAAACCUUAUGUCAACUUUUGCCUCGGCAGAACCAAAGGCCAACUGUAAGCGAUAUGACAAAAAGACAAAACAAACCAUCACAAUCGAUUGCUCGGCUAUUGUGAAAACCUACAAUCAGUUUAUGGGAGGUGUUGAUUUGAUGGACUCGCUAAUUGCACUGUACAGAAUUCACAUCAGAUCGAAAAAAUAUUAUCACAAAUUAUUUUUUCAUUUUAUAGAUGUAACUGUUGUGAACUCUUGGCUACUUUAUCGUAGAGACUGUGAGAGCCUUCAGUUACCAAAAAAAAAGAUCCAAAGUCUGCAAGAGUUCAAAAUGAGCAUCACCGAAGCUCUUCUUCUUGAAGAAAAAAGUAAUAGACCAACAAAAAGAGGCAGACCUUCUACUAGUUCUACUGAUGUUGAGUUUGCUAACAAAAAGAGAAGAGGUCCUGACACCAAAAGUAUCCCUGGAAGUGAUAUCCGUUUGGAUGGUCUUCACCAUUACCCUGAGGUCACAAACAGAGGAAGAUGCAAAAAUGUUCAAGCCCAGGAGGAGUCAAUUCCUGAGGUGUGGAGGAGAAGUGGAGGGUUCAAAUCCAGGAGGAGGCAGUUCCUGACAAUUCCUGAGGAUGAGGAGGACCAGCAGGACCAGCAGGACCAGCAGGACCAGCAGGACCAGCAGGACCAGCAGGACCAGCAGGACCAGCAGGACCAGCAGGACCAGCAGGACCAGCAGGUAAGAGGAUUUAUCCUAGAGGACUCAGUACAACAGAUCUUGUGGACAGCUGGGGUAUCUGCCUUAAUUCAUGCAUCACAGGUGACUGGAAAUUACCUUGAUCAGGAUGUGGUGGCACAAAACGCUACCACAUGGAAUACAGAAAAGAAAGCUGAGAAAUACAGAGAUUAA